GGGCGUCUACCUUGUCACAUUCAUCUUGAAUAUUUCUGAGCGCCUGCACACGAUUUCUAACUGCCCGAGGCAGCUGAUCCACGAAACUUCUACCCGACGGAGCACGCCGCGCACUUCUGGAAGGCCCAGGAUUCUUUUCUGCAACAGAACAACUCCCUUGGUACAACCAAAAAGACCAGUGUUUACUUUUCAUUAAAAGCUUGAGGGAUCUUGGUUCUCCAACCAGGGACUGAACCUGUGCCCUCAGCAGUGAAAGCACCGAGUCCUAACCACUGGAUUGCCAAGGAAUUCCCUCUCUAUUUUUUUUUUAAAUAAGCUGGAAAGCAGAUUGGAAAGAAGCAGCUGGAAAAGUGAGAGGAAAACUGAAUGUUUGUAAUGUUGGAAGCCAUUUGAGAAUGGAGCCCACUUGGUAUACUAGCAGAUGAAGAAUUUAAGGAGGAUGUCUAUCUUUAUUCUCUUUAGCAACUGAGAGUCGGCUCUGGGAACCAUCAGGCACCAUGGGGAAGCGGGACAAUCGGGUGGCCUAUAUGAAUCCUAUAGCAAUGGCCAGAUGGAGGGGCCCAUCUCAAUCUGCAGGCCCCACAAUACAAGAUUAUCUGAAUCGACCAAGGCCCACCUGGGAAGAAGUGAAGAAACAAUUAGAAAAUAAAAAGAAAGGCUCCAAGGCAUUAGCUGAAUUUGAAGAAAAAAUGAAUGAGAAUUGGAAGAAGGAACUAGAAAAAAGCAGAGAGAAAUUAUUAAGUGGAAAUGAGAGCUCAUCCAAAAAAAGAGAAAGAAAGAAAAAGAAAAAGAAGAAAUCUUGUCAGUCUUCAUCUUCUUCUACAUCAAGCUCUGAUUCUUCAAGCAGUUCUUCAGAUUCUGAGGAUGAGGAAAAGAAACAAGGAAAAAAGAGAAAGAAAAAGAAGAACCGUUCAUACAAAUCAUCAGAAAGCUGUACAUGUGAAUCUGAAUCAGAGAGCAAAGAAUCUGUAAAAAAGAAAAAGAAAUCAAAGGAUGAAACAGGCAAAGAAAAGUAUAUUAGAAGUCUCAGCAAAAAAAGAAAGAAGACUUGUCCUGAGGGUAAACCUUUAUCAUCAGAGUCCUCAUCAGAAUCAGAUUAUGAAGAGGAGGUACAAGCAAAAAAGAAGAGAAGACGUGAAGAGCGAGAAAAAGCAAUGGAAAAAGCAAAGAAGAAGAAGAAGAAACAGCACAAAAAACAUAGUAAGAAGAAGAAAAAGAAGUCAGGUUCAGGUCACAAGUCCGGAUAAUAUCAAGAAAAAAAGCAAGAUUUCCCUAUUGAAAAAAAGCAAGGUGUAAAGGAAAUUCAGCUGUGAAUGUUAGGGCAUAUUUACCAAAAUGCAUGAGUUUCCCUGUGUUAGUAGAAUUAUUCCUGGACUUUGAGUUGCCAGUCAAAUGCUACUGUGCCAGAAAGGGCCAUAAUUGUUGCCUGCAGCUUAUAUGUAGGAUUUUGGGUUUUUUUGUGUGUUCUUCCCUCCACUGGCUAAUUCUUCUGAGAGCAAAACCGUGUUGUUAUACUAGUGGUUAAAAUGUUUGGAAUUAAAGUAAAAUGUUUUAGAUGGUAAAUAAUUUUGACCAAACAGUGGAUCUAAUGUUAAAAGUAUCGAAUUUGGCUACAUCUUUAAAAUAUAAUCAGAAAUAUCCAGGUGACAAUAGCUGACAUUUUUGAAGCAUGGACUUAACAUUGUCUCAAAAUACUUACUUUUGAAGAUGAAAAGUUUAGUUUAGUUUUCUUUUCUCCUUAAUGAAAUUUUGUUUACAUGGGGAAAGGGUUUGUGGGGGAAAAAGAGUUUGCUCUCACUUUGGCGAGCUGAAUAGUGUGCCUUUGAUCCUUAUAUAUCCUAUUUUUGCCAGUGCAGCAGCCAUUCUUUUAUUACUUAGUAAUGUAUGCUGUUUCACAUGAACAAGAAAGACAGCAAUUUACAGUAUAUGUAAGGCCCCAGUUUUAUGAAAUUUACCUCCAUUUUGACAGUACUGAAUAGUAUUUAGUGUUAGAGUGUUACACGAUUUGAAUUAACUUUGAUACCCUUUGGAGGGGAAUAAUUUUAAAUAGACCCUGGUAUUUUUUGAUUAAUAAAGAUUCUGAAAUAUUUUGCAUGCUAUAUACUAUUAAGUUUUGAUUAUCCAGAGAUAUUCUAUAUAACCAGUAAUUCUUUUUUAUAUGAUUUAUGCUUAGGAUACAAGUUUCAAGUUUGUAAUUUCUUAAUCUUACUAUCUUAAUUUCAUGACUGUGUUUAAUUGCACACUUGCCAAAAUAUUUAGCAUGUAAAAAGAAGGUUUUUAAAAAAUAUUUAAUGCCUUCAUAUUGAAGCUGGUUUACUGUAAGCAAGUUGAGUGCCAGACCUUUAGUACGCUGUAUGUCUUGUUACAUAAAACUACUGCCAAAAUCUUAGCAACUAUGCUGUUUAAAAAUUUCUUGUCUUAAGCAUUAAUAUUGAAUUAAAAUAGGAGUUAAAUUUAGGAGAUUAUAAUCUUUCUGUUUCACAUUUUACUAACAUUUGGAGUUCGUUGCCUUGUGUUUGUUGUUGAAUCACAUUUGCCACUAUGCUGAAAUAAGUUGAAAUUUAUUUUUACUCUACAUUUUUUAUAUCAGAGUAAUAGGAAUUAUAAAUUGAUGUCUAACAAAAGCACCUGUUACAGAGGAUGUGCUAAUUGUAAUGUCAUAUGUACAAAGUAUUUUAGCAUGAGGAGAGAAUAAAUAGCUAUUUUUUUAAAUAGCUGAUUUCAUGUCAGCUCCCUUGAAUCACAAGUAAAAUUAUUAUAAAGAUAGAAAACAUCUGGUAGAUAAAUAACAUACUGGGUCCCCAAAUUUUUGCAGUGCAUACCCCGGAAUCUCUCAGUAACAUUCUUGGACCAUUAUAAAUGUAAUGCCUUGUUAGGUCACAUUGAAGCUUCAUAACUUUAGCUGUUUCCUAAAAUAUAUGUCUAUAUGCUGAUAAAAACUAUUGCAUUUAAGAGAUAUUUUCUAUCCAUAUAGAGUUUUUCAAAAAUUGUUUUUCAUUAAAAUAUGAAAAAAAAGCUUAUAUUAUUUGUAGAAUGUGGCAAAGACAUUAACAGCUAUCAAAUAUCUAUGUGCCCCCAUUCACUUCCCAGCCCCUUGUAGUUAGGCAAUGCCAUUACUUCUAGCAGAGGGAUUACAGAGAGAUUGUAAACAGAAGUGAUGUGUCGUUUCAAUACUGGAGCAGUAAAAAGUCCUGCGUGACCCUCCAGCUCUCUUUACCUGCCAUGAGGACCUGAAAGCAGUGUCCUCCAAAUAGUGUACCUACAAGAUGGAUGCAACCUGUAUCUCUAAGUCGCUAUUUGUAAGGGACCUGCCCUGGAGAGCUGAUGCACUUACAGUGAAUGUUCUGAGUGUGAGAAAUAAACUGUUAUGUGUUAAGCUA